AACUACAGCCCAGACCCUCCUAGAGCUCUAAUCACAGCAACUACAGCCCAGACCCUCCUAGAGCUCUAAUCACUGCAACUACAGCCCAGACCCUCCUAGAGCUCUAAUCACAGCAACUACAGCACAGACCCUCCUAGAGCUCUAAUCACAGCAACUACAGCCCAGAUCCUGCACAGCGGGGUCCUAUUAGCUAGUGACUACUAUUAGAGUAAAGGACUCGUUUUGGGACCGUCACAAGAAAGUCGGAACAUGACGUAAAGGCGCCGAGCUAUCCCUGCAGACAGACAGGAGGUACCGCUGAGGUACCGUCCGCGCGCACUCGCCACGCGCGCUCCCGGACUGCCAGCCAGCUCAGCGCGCCACGCCCAGCCCAGCCAGUGGGAGCUCGAGCCGGGUCCGUUACAGCGAACGCCGCGUGCCCCAGUCCCGCAGCCCGUUAGAACUGGUGACGUCCCCGGGGCCCCCCUCAGAGUAACCCGCCGCCGCCAUGUUCAGCUGGGUGAGCAGCGAUACCCGGAGGAAGAAAGACCCCGAGCUCUUCCACACCGUGUCCGAGGGUCUCCGCAAACUGUACACCCAGAAACUGCUCCCGCUGGAGGAGACCUACCGCUUCCACGAGUUCCACUCACCGGCCCUGGAGGAGGCCGACUUCCACAACAAGCCCAUGGUGCUGCUGGUCGGACAGUACAGCACCGGCAAGACCACCUUCAUCCGCCAUCUCAUGGAGCAGGACUUCCCCGGCAUGAGGAUCGGGCCCGAGCCCACCACCGACUCCUUCAUCGCCGUCAUGCACGGCCCGGUGGAGGGCAUCCUGCCGGGGAACGCACUGGUCGUGGAUCCCAAGAAACCAUUCAGGAAACUCAGCGCCUUCGGCAAUGCCUUCCUAAACAGGUAAACCAGCGUGACAUUCCUGCACACAGCUACAACUCCCAGUAAUGCCAGCCUCACAGGGGGCAGAGCACUCUGGGAAUUGUAGUUGUACAACAAAUAGGCAGACUACAUCUCCAAUAAUGCUCUUACAGUAAUAAUGCUGGCAAAGCAUCAUGGGAAGUGUAGUUCAAAACAUCUGGAGUGCAGAAUGUUGCCUACACCCUCUCUUGGCCAUUUGUGAUAAAAGUUUUUUUUUUUACAUUUCAACAACUUUUUUAAUGGUUGGCUGAGCAUCAUGAGUAGCACAAGCACAUGGGGUUUACUUACCAUGGUUUCCUGGGUACAUGUCUUUUCCAUAAACUGAUGGGCAGAAAAAGAACAUCAUAUCAGCUCUGCCAUGUUUUGAGUUUUUCAUACAUUGUUCAUGUCAUCUUUACUGCAAAAUUCAUAAAAUGCUUUAUUGGAAUAGUACUGAAACCCUAGCACAAUCAGAAAAUUCCAGGAUAUAGGUAUGAAUGAGUUUGCUAAUGAAUGUGAACAAUAUUGUUCUCUCACUAUGCACAGCAGUAACAACUGAAAUUGGACCUGAAUGGACAUUUUGCCUUUGAGAGGCUUUGGGAAAAAAAAAAAAAAAUCAAAGUCCACACAUAAGAGUGCUGUUUAUACAUUAUUAUUAUUCCCCAAAACAACUGUAUUGAUUAACAUUCUUGUGCACCAACAGGGAAAUCACUUAAACACUACAAGCAUCACUGUUAUGCUGUCCAUCAGUGUGGAGUGUUAAAGGACCACUAUAGUGCCAGGGAAACACACUUGUUUUCCUUGCACUAUAGUGCCCUGAGGGUGCCCCUACCCUCAUGUCCCCCCUCCCGCCGGGCUGAAGUUGGAGGGAUGGGUUAAAUCACUUACCUUUCUCCAGCGCCGGGCUCCCUCGGCGCUGGGGACUCUCCUCCUCCUUUGGCCGUCAUCGGCUCAAUGCGCAUGCGCGGCAAUUCAGUAUGUCCAUAGGAAAGCAUUCUCAAUUCUCUCCUAUGGACGCAAGCGUCUUCUCACUGUGAAAAUCACAGUGAGAAGCACGGAAGCUCCUCUAGUGGCUGUCAAUGAGACAGCCACUAGAGACUGGAUAAACCCUUUAGUAAACAUAGCAGUUUCUCUGAAACUGCUAUGUUUACAGCAGGCAGGGUUAACUCUAGGGCUUAGAGGGAUUUAGCAUCCAAACCACUUCAUUGAGCUAAAGUGGUCUGGGUGCCUAUAGUGGUCCUUUAAAUGUUACCCAUGAGUGUGCAUGAACCUCUUAUGGAUUGCAAUGAGGAUGUUAGAUUAAGUGUGUGUGUUUUCUUCUAGAUUGUGUCUGUGUUCUUGGUGGUUUGCUAAACUGGUAUCGGACUAGAAUAGUUAAUUUAAAGCAAUACUCACACACACACAAACUUCAGUGGUCUCGCGGGAUACUCCAUAGACCUUUUGUAUUGUACUCACACACGCUCCUGGUGGUUAAAGUGCCAGAAGCUGAAGAAAGGUGUUGGCACACGCGGUAGACCGAAUAAAGUUUGCGUAUACCACCUGCACUGCACCAAUUGUCCACUGUACACCAAGCUGCAAUGUCACGAGGGAGUCUUUGCAAAAUAUGUAAAAACCUCAGAAGGUGACAGAGCUACUUUUAACAAAACGGAUUCCUUCAUACUUAUGCUCACCAGUUUGCUCUUUUAAUUAGGGAUCUUUAUAAAUGAUGCACACUCCCAAGUAUUGGCUAUUUUACAACAGUUCUGUCCUAUAAUGUAUAUAUCAAAUUGACACUAUAACAUUAGUUUAAUCCUAACAUAUAGGUCAUGACCCCACCCAGUCCAGGUCACAUUUUGUAAUACAUUUUGUAUUUUUCAGUAUGUACUCGAGGAAUGCCAGAGACAGCUUGGUACAUUUUUAAAGUCAACUGGAAAUAUUGUGUUUCUGAAUGCCAUACAUUUUUCUGUGUGUCUCUGUUAUUACACAACACAAGUAUCAAUGCUGGCAUAUCUAACAUUUGUGAUUACCAACACUGUAAAGAAAGCACAGUUAUGCACCAUAACCACAACAGCGAGCUCUAGUGGUUAUGGAGCAAGUAGUGCCCUGGCUUCUCUCAUUGUUCUUAUCUGGCGUCUGCCGGGUGCUGCUCCCUGACUCCAGGAGAGCUGGUGGAUUCUAAGCAAGAACCUCUCCAGUAUUCAUACUUGAGGUGGAGAGCAGCACCUGACAGAUGCGAUUCAGACCUAAAGGACCUCUGUAGGCAUCCAGACCACUUCAGCUUAAUGAAGUGGUCUGGGUGCCAGGUCCAUCUAGGAUUAACCCUGCCUGCUGUAAACAUAGCAGUUUCAGAGAAACUGCUAUGUUUACUUUACGGUUAAUCCAGCCUCUAGUGGCUCUCAUUAAAAAAGAUCCAUUCUGAUCUCUGUUCCAGUCAGAUGGUGCUCAUAGAGAAGUAUAGCAGACUUUGGCGCAUACAUGUCAAGCACCACACUCCACCAGUCCAGUGGCAUUCAGCAUCAUCAUCCUGUGUGUAAUGAUGCUGAACAUGUUACCCUUUAAGCAGUGCACUGAGAGAUACUUCAGUAUGUUACUGCGGUUGCAAAGACCACCGAUGGUGGCUUUGCUGUCUGCAGUGCUUUGGCUGCAGAGAAAGGCAAGUUUUACAUGUCCGAAUCUCACUUGCAGCCGCUGUCAUCAUAUGUUAGAUAAUUUUCAUUUGCCAGAGAAAUCCAUGGCAGUGCUGUAAUCAUGUGCAUGUACAAGGGUACAACAAAGUCUAUGGAGGAACCUGCAGGUGCAGCUGUAGCUCUGACUUUUUGUCAAGUUUUGUUGAGACUAGAAAAAAUUCAUAGGACGAAAUAGCCCAUACUUUAGUUUUAUAUUUUUUGACUGUGUUGGAAUUUCAUUGAUUUGUAAAGAUGGUCAGGCCCACAUAAGAAAAUAAAAUAAAUAUUUUUUUAAAAAUUUUUUUUUUUUUUUUUUUUUACAACUACUAAAAUUUCCUAUUCCAAUAUGUGAAGCAAUAACAAAAAUGCUAUUAUGUUUUAUUUCUUUCUUUAUUUUAUAAACAUUUUGGGCACCGAGUGGAGGGAUGGAAAAUAGAUGGACACUGAGAACAGAUAUUUUAAAUAAAAUUGUAGCCCAUGUCCAGUUAUAGUGUCUGGUCCCAUGCUAACAUAUUAAUAUACCUUAUGUUCCACCUGAUGUCCUCUGAAGAUGACCUGAGAGUAAAAUAUGCCUAAAUAGAUUAGAGGAUGCCUGGUGAGGAGCUCAGAAUAUAUUUGUGGUCAGGCCCAGCAAUUGAACUCGAAAUAAAAAAUUAUAACUCGAGUACAUAUGUCAUGGCAAACAUGAUUUUCUUUCUUUCUUCCUAUUUAAAAGUCACACCACCCAGUACAGACUGAGUGAGUGUAAUGUCUUGUUAUUGAAAGGAGCUGCCUCUAAAAUAGUGAUAGGCCUUCUAAAAAAAGGAACUUCAUGAAGGUCAUGUUUUUUGUUUUUUAUUUGUGUAUUUUUGUCUUGCUUGGAUCAUAUCACUAAAUAUUUAUACUGGUUUAUACCAGUUUGUUUCUAGUCUUAUCAGCAUACUUCCUCUAAUCAACCCUCCACUGGUCAGUCAGACUAAUUUAACCCCUUAAGGACACAUGACAUGUGUGACAUGUCAUGAUUCCCUUUUAUUCCAGAUGUUUGGUCCUUAAGGGAUUAAAGGAAUGUAUUUUUUAUGAAAAAAAAUAUUUAUUUGCUUAUAUUGGAGGGCAAAUUAUGCUUCUCGUUUAUGCUUCCCCACCAAGAUAAUUUUGACAAAAAUAGGGCUCUCUCAGCAUUUUAAACCUGCCCCCAUUCUUUUGGGUAAAUGUUUCUUUAUAAAUGCAAGUCAUUUUCCUCCGUGCGUAAAUAAGAGAUGUACAUAACCAUUUUUCUGGGCUCACUUCUACUCCAAUGGGUUUUGCUUUGUCUCCUGUUAAAGGGACACUAUAGGCUAUAACACUGUCUCCCUAUUUGGUGUUAAACCAUUUUCAAGAAGUUUAAAAAUGCGUCCCUGGCUACCCACAGUCCAGCACCCUACUGGAGGUAUCCUAAGGCAGGGGAAUACAUUCCACGCUUUUUUAUAACCAUACUAAUUAAUCCCAGCAAUGGGCAAUCUGAUAGAUUAAAGCGGUCAAUGGCACUCUCAGACCAUCACAGCCGUUCAUUGCUGCUCAUGCAUAAUUAUUAGGCCAAACAGUACAGAGGGGAUUGGAGUGAUAAAUACACAUACUAGAACAAUUUUGGUUAGAAAAGCAGCUACAGUGCCUGCAGUGUCCCAUUUAGUGUUAAUGAUGGGGGCAGGGGUAAACACACUCUCUCUCCUUUUUUAUUCAUUUUGUUUAAUCUAGGGAUUCACACAACAUUAUAACCUCCAUAGCUUGCUGCUGUGAUUAUGCCCUUGGGCAUGAUAAUUAGUCAAACCAUUUUGGAACAGUUUCACAUAUUAUGGGCACCUGAAGUCCUGCACCUUCUUCAGAUAUUGCUGAAGAGAAGGUUUUCUUUCUGCAUUAUUCAUCCUUCCUUAAUGAAUAGAGUUCACUAAGAGUGUCUGUAUAAAGCAUUUGGAUUCAACUGUGAUAUUCAAUAAAUUGAUAACACAGCUGCUCUCAACUAGAUAUAGCUUGAAGAGGCAUAAAAGUUUGCACACCUGUUGAAUGGACAAGUGCUAAAAGUCCAGGUGUCCAGUUUUGUCUCAACAGAACAUGAUUGGAAUUCCUUGGUGACAACAUUGUUUCACAGGGUGGUAGAACUCGCAUUUGUUAAGACAUUUUAUAAACCCCGUAUGUGUAAAGAGAAUUGAGUUUUCAAAAGGCUCUUAAGGGUCCAAAAAGAUGGGUAAUCUUUUAUCUGAAUUAGGGAUCGACCGUUUAUCGGUUUUGCCAAUAUUCCGAUAUUUUUUUAUUUAUUUAUUUUUUGCAAGUAUCAGUGUCUGCUGAUAAUGAGGUGGGCCGGUGUGUCUACGGCACUAUGGAACAGGGGUGUGGGGGUGGUAAGGAUCACUAUGGGUGGGUGAGUUCCUACCGCACAUAUUUACACACAAACACACUGCAUCCACUACACAAACACACACUGCAUUUACUAAUCAAAUUCUCACUGCAUCCACUAUACACACACACAUAUAUAUAUAUAUUCUUUUUUAUUAAGUGGUAAAUGCACAAAAUAUACAUGCCAGUCAGUUUUUUUUUUUUAUGUUUUCAAGAAUAUAUAUAUAUAUAUGUGUGUGUGUAUAGUGGAUGCAGUGAGAAUUUGAUAUAUAUAUAUACGGUAAAUGUACAGAAUAUCGGCAGGCUAUCAGCCUGAAAGUUCAGAUUAUCGGUAUCGGUUCUAAAAAUAUCGGUUGAUCCCUAAUCUGAAUACCUUAAAUAAAGUCAAGUGAGGAGUUACUGAUAAUCUGAGUUUUGGCUAGGGCAAAGCAAACGAUGAGCUACACUUUCCUUUUUCCCAGAUUUAUUUUUAUUUUUUUUUCUAUUACAUUUUCCCACCCUUGAGAGGUAUGCAUGAAUCACUUUUGGGGAUCAGAGCCAAUUCUGUAUUUUAGCACAUCUCUUUAUGGCAGUCUGCUGUGCUUCCAUUAAUGUAAUGCAGAGAGUUUUUACGCUGGGUACCACUGACAGAUGACGUGAAUAACAUAGAUUAUAUAGUUACAAUGGCAUCUGUCAAGGGAUGUGAUAUAUAUAAUGCAGCAAGUGAACAGUCCGUUGUUGAAUUUCAUGUGUUGGAAGCAGAAACAUGAGCAAGCAAAAAGAUCUGUGUGACUUUGAGAAGGGCCAAAUAGUGAUAAUUAGAUGACUGGAUCAGAGCAUCUGCAAAACGGCAAGUCUUGCUGUGUAUUCCCAGUAUGCGAUGUUUAGCAUCUACCAAAAGUGGUGCCGGUGAACUGGUAUCAAGGUCAUGGCUCCAUGCUUAUUGAUGUACAUGAGGAGCAAAGGCUAGCCAUCAGAUCUGAUCACACUGAAAAGCUACUGUGGCUCAAAUUGCUCAAAAAAGUAUUGCUGGCCAUGAUAGAAAUGUCAGAAAUAAAGAUUGUCCAGAAAAAAAAAAGAAAUGUCAGAACAAAUAGUGCAUUACGGUUUGCUGCGUAUCUGGAGAUAUGUCAGUGCCCAUGAUGAUCCAUGUCCACCACCGAAAGCUCUAUUAGUUGGGAAUGGGAAUUAGAGCAUCAGAACUGGAUCAUAUAGUAAUGGAAGGAGGUUGUCUGGUCUGAGUCACGUUUUGUUUUCGAACAGGAUGAUGGCCAGAUAAGUGUGCUUCGUUUACCCGAGUAAGAGAUGGCAGCAGAAUUCACUUUGGGAAAAAGGCAGGCCAGCAGAGGCAAUGUUAUGCUCUGGGCAUUGUUCUGCUGGGAAAUCUUGGACCCUGGCAUUCCUGUGUAUGUUAUUUUGACACCUACCUAGAGUGUUCCAAUAAUAACAUUAAAUGGAAAUUGUCCACAAUUAAGUGGUGUGGGUGCCAGGUCCAUCUAGUGUUAACCCUGCAGCUGUAAACAUAGCAGUUUCAGAGAAACUAUGUUUACACUAGGGUUAAUCCAGCCUCUAGUGGCUGUCUCACUGACAGCCACUAGAGGCACUUCCGCGCUUCUCACUGUGAAAAUCACAGUGAGAAGACACUGGACGUCCAUAGGAAAGCAUUGAGAAAGGAGGGAGGUGGGAGCCCGGCUCUGGAGAAAGGUAAGUGUUUAACCCUUUUAGCCAAGUGGGAGUGGACCCUGAAGGUGUGGGACACCUAGAGACCCUAUAGUGCCUGGAAAAUGAGUUUGUUUUCCUGGCACUAUAGUGGUCCUUUAACCUAGAGAAGCAGUUCUGGUUUAUAGAUCUAAAGUUUCACUGCUCAAUUCUCUGCCAUUUAGGAGUUAACCCCUUCCCGACCGCAGACAGAAAUUUCCCGUCAACCAUGUCCUUCAGUUAAGGACCGUUGACGUAAAAUUUCCCAUUUACUAAAGUUAACCCCAGACAGGCUGUCAGAGCGGGCACAUGUGCUGCAGAUACUUAUCAUCCGCCUCCCUGCGCUUCCGGGUUCUGUGUGAAGUGCAGGGAGACGGAUCAGAGCUGUGAUCCUCUUCUCCCUGUGUUAAAAAAUAGUUAAAUCCCACCCCCCUUUCCCCUGCUUUAAUAAAAUUAACCCCUUCCCUGCCAAUUGAUCACUGACUACAGUGAUCAAUUGGCUGGGUAUACAUUUUAAUGUCAUCUGAUUUUUUUAUUUUUAUUUUUAAUUUUUAUUUUUUUAACCCCUGAGGGUCAAUAAUUAUUUUUUUUAACCCUCAGGGGUUAAAUUUAUUUCAUUAAUUAAUUUAAAUAUUUAAAAAGUAUAUAUUUAGCUAGCUGGGAUGGGUGGAAGUUAGUGGGGAAUUGGGGAAUUUGGUGUUAGGCUAACUAGGGGUUAACGUUAAAAAAAGUUUUAAAAUAAGCUUUAAAAAGGUUAAAAAAAGUUUUAAAAAAGUAUUUUAGUAACAUUUAAGUAAAAAACAAAAACAAAAAAACCCUUUACCCAGUCUAAAUAAAAAUGAACCCCAUUCCCUGCCAGUCGAUCACUGCCUACAGUGAUCAAAAUACAGAUCACAGAAUUCUACUGUAUUCUAAUUUCUUUUAACCCCUGAGGAUUAACUUUUAUUUAUUUUUUACCCAUCAGGGGUACAAUUUAAUUAAUUUAAAUAUUAUAUAUUUUGCUAUCUGGAGUGGGUGGGAGUUAUGGGAAAGGGGGGAAUUUACUGUUAGUGCUGCUUACUGCUAGUUAGGGGUUAACGGUAAAAGAAAAGUUUAGAAAAAAAUUAAGUGUAAAAAAAGUUAGGAAAGUGUAAAACAUUUAAUAAGUAAAAAAAAGUUUAAAAACGGAUUUUACAAAGUAAAAAAUACAUUAAAAAAAUGCUCAUUACCACUACACUUGGUACAAGCUAGCGGAAAAAUUAUCCCACGCUAAGGUUCAAAAUAUGCCUUUUGAAUUACCCUGGGAUGUGUUCUUUAAGAAAUGGUAUGCCUUUAUGGUGUAGUUGUAAUAUGUAGCCUACUCAAGUGCUCCAAAUUGGGACACGGACGCAUCAAAACCCUUGAAAAUUCACACUUAAAAACCUUAACUUGUCACGUCUCUUUUACAGCAGUGUAGCUUCACAAAAUAGUGUCUAGGUCAUACAUUGGGCAUAUUGUUUUACUCAGAAGACUUAGCUGAGCAUAAUUUGGGGGGUUUGAGCUUAGUGGCACAUAUGAAAUGUACAAAAUGCCCAGCAAAAAUGUAAUCCGAAUGGGGAAAAAAUGCCCCAAAUUAUUUUUUACCACAUACCUUGUGGUGAAAAAAUGGGGGCAUGUUAACCCCUUAAGGACUGGACUGUUUUUGCGAUGUUGUACAUUUGCGACCAGGCAUAUUUUUACACUUUUGUGGUGUUUGUGUUUGGCUGUAAUUUUCUGCUUUCUCAUUUACUGUUCCCAUACAAAUUAUAUAUUGUUUUUUCAGGACAAAAGGGGCUUUCUUUACAUACCAUUAUUUAUAUAAUCUCAUGUAUUUUAAUUUAAAAAAAAAUACAAAAAUCUGAUGAAAAAUUGAAAAAAAUACAUGUUUUUUGACUUUUACUUGAAAAUCUUUUACUCAUCUACAAAAGCGAAUGAAAAAAACUGCUAAAUAGAUUCAAAAUUUUGUCCUGAGUUUAAAAAUACCUAGUGUUUACGUGCUUUUUUGCUUUUUUUUGCAUGUUAUAGGGCUAUAGGUACAAGUAGGAUAUUGCGGUUUCAAAACAUACAUUUUUAAAAUUUAUUAAUAGUGACAUUGUAACACUAUUAUCUGUCAUAAAUCUCUGAAUAACACCCCACAUGUACAUAUUUUUUUUAAAGUAGACAACCCAGGGUAUUCAAUAUGGGGUAUGUCCAGUCUUUUUAGUAGCCACUUAGUCGAAAACACUGGCCAAAGUAAGCAUUCAUAUUUGUUUGUGUGUGAAAAAAGUAAAAAAAACUAAAUUGAACGCUAAUUUUGGCCAGUGUUUGUGACCAAGUGGUUACUAAAAAAGACUUGACAUACCCCAUUUGCAAUACCUUGGGUUGUCUUCUUUUGCAAAUGGUAUGCCAUCAUGGGGUAAUUCUCAUUCCUGGGCUACCAUACGCUCUCAAAGGCAACGUAACCAACCUGGCCAUUUUCAAUGUAAAAAUAUUUGACCCAUAUAUUUGACCUUGUAACUUUCAAAAAUGCUAUAAAACCUGUAAAUGGGGGGUACUGUUUUACUCGGGAGACAUCGCUGAACACAAAUAUUAGUGUUUAAAAACUGGAAAACGUAUCACAACAAUUAUAUCAUCAGUAAAAGUGCUGUUUGUGUGUGAAAAAAUGCAAAAAAAGUAACUUUCACUGACAAUAUCAUCACUGUGAUAUGUUUUACUGUUUUGAAUCACUAAUAUUUGUGUUCAGCGAAGUCUCCCGAGUAAAACAGUACCCCCCAUGUACAGGUUUUAGGGUGUCAUAGAACGUUACAGGGUAAAAUACAUUGCUAGCAAAUUAAAUUCUCUGGAAUUUCGGCCUGGGUUGGCAGGCAGGUCCCUCAAAUUGCAAUCAAUAAAAUUACUGAAUUAUGUAAAAAUAUUACAUAAAUACGCACGUAGAAUUUAAAUAUACAUGCAUAUUUAUAUAUUUGAAGUCUACGUGUAUAUUUAUAUAAUUAUUUAUGUAAUUUUGUAUAUGGACGUAUGUAUAUUUCUUAUUAUUUUUAUUUAUUUUUAUAUACAUAGAUAUAUAUACAAAUUCAUUCUAAGUGUAUUUUGAUAUAAAUAUAUAUAUAUAUAUAUAUAUAUAUAUAUAUAUAUAUAUAUAUUAAUUUUAAAAUAGUUAGAAUAAAAUUUCAUAUAGCUAUAUAAUUUUUUUGAAAUUUUUUAUUAUUUAAAAAAAAAUAUUUAAUUUAAAUUACUUAUUUAUAUUUUAUAAUAAAAUAUAUACAAUAUAUAUAGUUAUUAUAUAUAUUAUAUAUAUAUAUAUACGUGUGUAAUUUAAUUAUAAGUGUAUUUUUAUAUUAAUAUAAGUACAUAUUAAUAUAAAAAUACACUUAGUAUGGCAUUAUAUAUAUGAUAUAUAGACAUAUUAUAUAGAUAUAAUAUAUGUCUAUAUAUCAUAUAUACACAUAUAUAUAAUUAUUUUUAUUUUUUUUAUUAACACUAACUUUAUUUUUUUAAUUGAUUUUACACUAGCAGGGAGACUGCCUGUCAGCACAGGCAGUCCCCCUGCAGGCAGACACAUGGACACCUAUUGUGACCAUGUGAUCGCUGUGUUAAGUGAUCACAUGGCCACAGGGGUCCUAAUCUGCCGUGGGGAGACUGUCUGGGCUGCAGGCAGUCUCCCCACAACCGGAGCCACGCUGAUCGCCGCCGGGGGAACGACGGCGAUCAGGUAAGUAGCUCUGACCGUUUGGACGGUUCAGGACCGUCAUCGGUCCUCAAGGCAAAAAUGCCGAUGACGGUCCUGAACCGUCCUCGGUCCUUAAGGGGUUAAGGCACAAUAUGUGUUUGUUUGUUUUUUUGAACAGUCAAACUGUUAUAAUACCCCAAAUUGAAGCAUAGGCUUAUUAAAUCCGCCUCUCAAAAUUCUACUGUAAAUGUUGAAACGGACAGAUCUCCUAUAUGGCACUGUAGCUUCACAAAAUAGUGCCAAAGACAUACAAUGGGGGUAUCGUUGUACUCAGCAGAAGUAACUGAACACAAAAUAAAACUUUGUACAGGAAUAGCACACACCAACUUUACAAAAUACACAUUAGAAGUUCUUUGUUAUAAGUUUGUGUGCCAAAACCCCCCAAAAACUAAAUUUUACUCCAAUAUUUAGCAGAUAUUGGUGGCGAAAUGGCUACGUAGAACGUGUCAAAACAACCUUAGGACAAUAGCCUGUGAUGUCUACUUUAUAUAAAUAUAUACUUUUGUGUGGCAAUUUUGUUUUCUUUUAUGGCUUUUAAGCUUACAAGACAAACAUACCAAAUUCUAAAAUCGCUCUACUAAAAUCGCUUUGUGACCUGUAACUACCAACAAAAAACUUAAAAUCCCAGACACAUUAUAUAUUCUGUAAAUCAGAACAUCUAAAUGAAUUUAUUUUUAAUUCCUUUUUUAACCUACACUAAUUAGGCACACAUUAUUAUUGCAGAAACUGUACAAAAACCACAACAUUUUUAUAUAUGUAUAUAUAAAUGUGUGUAUAUAUAUAUAUAUAUGUGUAUAUAUAUAUGUGUAUAUAUAUAUAUAUGUAUAUGUGUUACAUCAAAUUAAAUCCCUUUCUGUCCUUUAAAAAACAGUAUAGAAUAUGUGUCGGUGCAAUAAACGAGAGAGAUGCAAAUUGCAGUUGAACGCAUACAGCAAGAAAAUGCAAAAAUUGCUUGUCAUUAAGCGUAAGACAAGCUUCUGAAGCUGUGUCCUUAAGGGGUUAAAUCACAUUGUUUUUGCAUAAACAAAGUGAUUUAACUCCUAAAUGGCUGAAAAAAUUGAGCAGUGAGACUUGCAGGGUCAUGAUCUAUACACCAAAACUGCUCCAUUAAGCUAAAGUUGUAUUGGUGACUAAUUAUUUUUCUACAAUUGAGAUAAUAAUUGUGGUUUACUUACUUUACAGAUCACAUGGUAUUUUAUUUUGUUCACAUCACGCAAGUGGUUUUUUUCAAAGAUGGCUACUGACAAGAAUAUACAUCGUUGGCAUCUUGAUAUGUUGUUAAAAAAUACAAUUACAGGUGUAAAAGUUGGUGGUUGCGCAGCUGUCACUAUCGUAGGCAAAAGGGGAAGUGCAUCUCAGAAAAUGUCCUGGUUACUACUAGAAUAAUCAGCUGUCAUUUUCUGAGCAAAGCUUUUGUGAUGUACAAUUUGAGGAAAAACUGUAAUCCUAUUCUGUCUCACUACAUAUUUGCAUAUUCUAUAUUUCCUAUUCAUAUAUCUCUAAAUGUGCCUUUACUCAUACAGACAUUGCAGCUGUUAUUGACAGAACACUCAGAGCACCAUAACCACUACAGUUUUCUGUAAUGGUUAUGGUGCCAGGAGUGCCCAUUCACCAUCUCUACUUCUAACUUCUUCCAUUAGUGCUUAUUAUUGCUUUAUGUGUGUUGUGCUAAAGUUUUUCUAGUUUAAUUUGUUUCAGAUUAAUUGGUUUGGAGAUAAUAUAAUUUCUUUUUCCAUGUUGGCCAGGUUCAUGUGUGCACAACUGAAUAAUCCUGUGCUGGAGAGCAUUAGCAUCAUUGACACCCCUGGAAUCCUUUCUGGUGAAAAGCAGAGAAUUAGCAGAGGUCAGUGUCCAUUAAAUUACAGCCUGCUUCUAUGGAUAUUAAAGGAACAUCCUGGGCGCCACAACUACUUCAUACAAAUAAAGUUGUUUUAUUUGCUGGCGGUCCCUGGUGCUGGUCCAUCUUUAGGGGUUAAACUGUUCUCAAAUGGUUUACCCCAAAGUAUGUGUUGCAGCAUCCACGAACAGUGCCGCUGAUUGGCUGAGAGUGAUCAGCUGACUCUCAUCCAAAUAGUGACUCUCAAUUCAUAAAACUGGCUUGAGAAAAGUACAUUCCCUUCCAAGACCGUUUUAUGACUGGGUAGUUAAUGGUUGUCUGAGACGUCAACUGACCGCUCUAAGCCAAUCAGCGAUGCCACUACCCGAUGCUGCAAAGAUCCUUCUGUUUAUUUGAUUUUGAGGACAUGGAAGGGCAGAGGGAUCCAGUGAUGGAACACAGUCUUUGGGGGUAAACCAUUCGAGAACAGUUUAACUCAGAAUGAUAAGCCGGGGACCUCCAUUUCAAUGAAGUUGUUGUGCUCAAACUUGAAAGCUUUUAAAUCAAUUCUUGUGGAGAAAAGGGUUUACCAUUAAAUGGAGUGUGCUGCCCACCAACAUCAUGUGUACACUUUGCCUUUUACAGUACAUUGAGAAUACCAAUUUGCAUAAUUUGUUCACUGUUCAUUUUCACUUACGCACAAAGUAAAAGUUCAUACAAAUAUUAAUGCAGUGUGUUAUCUCCACUUUGUUAAAGGUUAUCAAAUUCUCACUUCUUGUUUUAGUUCAUUGCAUUUGAUGAAGAUUAGUGUAUUUUAUUAAUUUAUUAAAUGUUUGGCUUUUUUUUUUUUUUCUUAAAGAAAAGUUCACAUUUUUUUUUAAUUUGGCUGAGCAGCCAUCUUGGUUUAGAUUCUGUUAUCCACCCAAUUGCUACUACUUUAGGUUCAUACAGGAAAAUCACAGCUUUCAGGCAGGCCUCACUGUUCGGGUGCUUCUGGACCCUGUGUAAUCUGAGCACUUUCAGUUUCUGUGCAGUGCUGUUAUCUCUGUCUCUGCUGCUGUCACUUCUGAAAAUAUAUAACCUUUACUUGCUGUAUGAGCUGAGGAGGAAAGUGACACGUGCAUAGCACUGUCUAAGGACUGUGACGUUGUUACAAUGAAAAUAAAUGUCACCACGCCGCUGCCCAGACAGGCUCACUACCCCACCCGCUACCCAAACUGCGGAAAACUAGUUAUAAUCAGCAUGUCACUCUAUUGGCGCAGACCUUAACUUAUUAAAUAAACCAUACCUGUCUGCUUACUAAACAUUUUACUCUAGCCAGCAGGGGGGGUCCCAGAGGCAGCUAGACGAUGACACCACCAUGAGACAACCCCAGUAAACCUAGCCAACCUGGCUGGCAAUGGGACCACAGACUCCUGCAUAACUUAAAGUCUCUUUCUGUUACACCCAUACCGGGCCAGUAAAUCACCACACCGGGAUAACCCGGCCACCGAUGUCCGCCACCUAAACAAUACUUCCCACGCUAUCCAAGGUGGGUUCUUAAGACGCCUAGGCAGAGAACGUGGUAACACUGAACCCACACAUGACCUACGCAGCCUGAGAUACUGCACUGGAGAGGGGCCGGACAACCUUACCAAACCUAGAUUAAGUCACCACCCCCAGAAACGCUCAUGGCGUACUUACUUAGCAACUAACUUGCAGAAAGCCGUUCCCAAUUAGUAUACCAUUCUACCACCUCUGUUACAACCACACACAACCUUAUUUUAAUAAAAUACGUCAGGAAGACCCAGUGACACCUAUCCAGCUGACUACUCAUGAGAUCACAAUAGCGGACUGGCCGAGCUCACCGUGUUACUUUGGAUUUACCUUCUAACUUACUUCCUUUUUCCUUUUUAUUUCUGUAAAAACCUUUGUUAUACCAGCCUAUCCUUUGUACAAACCACUCACACUGCAUGCUCCUUGCACGUUGAUGAUAUGUGGCCCAACAGGGUAUUUCCAAGUGCAGAUACUGUCUUUAUCGAGAUAUGAUGUACAUUUUCAAUGCUGUGUGAACCAAAAUAAAGCAUUAAAAAGAAAAGAAAUGUCAACACACUAACUCACUGUAAAAUGAUACCUUUUUUAAUUGGAAAGCAAUUGAUUGUGCUUCACCCUCGGUUUAUUUGUUUGUAUAAACAUGAUUGAUGAUAAAAACUUUUUAGCUGCUUGUAAUAGGUUGAAUCUAGCACUUUAGAUCCCGAGACCGCAGGAUCCUCAAUAGACACAGCCAAUUCCCUGCAGUUGUCACUGAUCACAGCUGCAGGGAUUGAAGAUUGUGUCAAAAAAAGUAAUUCGGAGGAGAAAUGCAGAGACAAAGUAGUCCAUACUACUUCUGUAUAUCUCUAGACUGGGUUGGAAUUUCAGUGAAAUUCCAACAUUGUUAUGAGUAUUUCAUAUAGAUGCUAUCUUUAUGAAAUACUCAUUUUUCAGUUGGGAAGGAUGACCGUGUUGCUUUAAUAAUACCCCACUAGUAUUUUCCGUGGUUAUUGGGCUGGGUCUGAGGAAGAUCUAUAUAUUAUUACCUAAAUUGUCCCCUAAUACAUUGAAUACAUCAUGUAUCCAAUGUAAUGUUUUUGAUAAAUACCCAACUUGGCUCCGAUCCAACGCCGCCUCAUCUUCAUGGGUGUUAUUCUAAUUCUUCUUCCCUCCUGUCUAAAGCAGUGCAAAUCUAACACACUGGCCUUCAUGCCAUACUUCCUAGUCAUGCACUGUGGUAACUAUGCUUUGGAGAGCAGAAAGGGCACCUGUGGGUGGUCUCAUGAGCUUUGGGUGCUGGUAUAAAGAAGUAGUCCCCCAAGUUUCCAAAACUUAAGCAUAAUCACACAAAAAACAUAUUGCUACCACACACACACAAAAGAUAAUGAAUUGGGUAAUUAGUAGUGCAUAUUAAUUUAUUGUUGACCUAGAAAAAGAGAAAAAAGUAUUCAACAUCACAUUUAUUAAUCGACGAUCCCUUAACUGUUAAAGGGACACUAUAGUCACUAGAACAACUAAAGCUUAAUGUAAUUGUUCUGGUGAGUAUAAACUUUGCCUUUAGGCAUUUUCAUGAAAGCACUGCCUUUUCAGAGAAAAGAUAGCGUUUACAUUGCCCCUGGGGACACCUCCAAGUGGCCACUCCUCAGAUGGCCACUGGAGGUGCUACCUGGCUCAGUGCGGCAUAGUAGGCAGCACUGCCGUUCAGCGUCUCCAUGCUCUGCAUGGGGAUGCUCAAUUUUCCUCAUAAAGAUGCAUUGAUUUAAUGCAUCUCUAUGAAGAAGUGCUGAUUGGCAAAAAGGGCGCUUGGCCCUGCCCCAUCCCGCCUUCUUGGUGAUUUUAGCCAAUCCAAUGCUUUCCUGUAGGAUUAGCUAAAAAUCAACAAUUCUGGUGGUGUCAUCAAGGGGGCGGGGCCAGCGCCGGCGGUCCCGCAUAUCGCUGGAAAUAAGGUGAGGUGUUUUUUUUUUCAUUUUCUGAGGGGGGGGAGGGGUGGGUUUAACACUAUAGGGUCAGUAAUACUUGUUUGUGUUCCUGACCCUAUAGUGUUCCUUUAAAUAACUGAUAUCUAAAGACUACUGGAGAUUAGCUGGAGAUCUCAAGCUGGCAGAUCUUGUGUAAAUAGCUCAGUAACUUAUUAAGUUACAGUGCUAUUUGCACUCUAACAGUUCUGCUGUUGCACACUGUCAAGGUGAAGAUAUUUUUACCCAAUCCCUGUUAAAACAGCAGGGAGGAGAAAGAGCCCUUCUAAGCACUUGACACUCACCAUGCUGGCCCUUGAAUUACAUUUUGGUCAUUAUGUGGGCAUUGAGACUAACACUAAAGGGGUUAAGCCUUUUUCAUGCUUGUAGCUAGUAGCUUAUUCAUGGUUUCUGGCUUAUUUGCAUUUUUAAACCGCAUUUCUUGAUCUAAAAGGGGUAAUUGAUACAUUAAUCUUUUGCACACAGUGCCUAGUGGUUAUCCUCACUUAAAAGAAACUUACAUGAGGCCAAAGCAAUGGUGUGGGUCCUGCUGGGUACUAUAUUUAUUUAUUUAUUUAUUUAUAAAAUAUUUUACCAGGAUGGAUACAUUGAGAUUUCUCUCAUUUUCAAGUAUGUCCUGGGUCUUUGUCCACAAAACAUUGCAUUGUUACAAUUGGAUACAAUACUACAAAAAUACAAUAUACAGCAGGGGUAGGCAACCUACGGCACUAGUGCCAUGCACGGCACUCAAGGCUAUCAGGAGUCUCAGUGAAACUUCAGAUAUCUGCUAAUACGAAAAGGUGGUGAAGGAAAAUCCUCAAUUUAUACAUUGCAGAACGUAGAGGAAGUGAUCUCAGAUCAGUUCCUUCCAGCACUUGUGAAUAGGAAUCCACACUGUAGUAGAGCAGCCUGCAGCUACUAUUGCAUCUCCUGUCCUUGACCUGUACCUGGCCAGCCUGGUCCCCAGGGAAGCCACCCACACUGCUAGAUAUACACAGACCUGCAGAAUAAGCCUCCCCUCAUACAAAUAAUACGAACAGCCCACACACAAACAUACACAUAAUCCCCACAAACGCAACACCACUAACAAUCCACAUACAUGCACACAAUCCCACAUGAAGCCUCACACAUGCAAUACCCCAAACAGCCCACACACUACCAAACACACAAUGUGACAUAUCCAUCCACACACAAUUCCACAAGCAGCCCUCAUACACAGCCCACAUUCAUGUGUAUACAAUAUAAUAGCUGAUAUACGCACAAAUACAACGAUACAAAGCAAUUACAGUAAAAAUAACACAAGCAGCAUACAGACCUCAAUUUAAAAAAAUAGGAUCGGCACGCUACGGGACAUCACAAUCCUAUAUCGGCACAGUGCUGCUAAAAGGUUGCCUACCCCUGAUAUACAGUGUGUGUGUGUAUGUAUGUAUGUAUGUAUAUAUAAUAUAUAUAUAUAUCUCAUGUUAUAAAUAUAUUCAACCAUGACAGGUGCUUUCUGUGCUGAGCUAUAUUGCCAUAGAUCUCUUAAAAGAUUUCAGAUUGAAUGAAGAUUUGACUGUGUCCCUGAGGUUAUUCCAUAAUUGCGGUGCUCUGUAGGAAAAGGAGGAUCGAGCCACUUUAUAUUUGUAUUGCGGUAUGCUAAAUAUCGUGCUAGUACUGGAUCGGAGGUUAUAGGAGGUGGGAACAGCUGGGGGAUGGGGGGGGGAGGGUCUGGCUUUCUACUUAGGUAGGGUGGGAGCUUCCCAGAAAUGCUCUAAUGCAGACUGGAAAGACUGGAAAGAUGAAGAGAGUGUAGGGAUUCCAGCGGCAGUCAGUUUAGCUGUUUUAACCUGUCAAAGUGGUGGGUAAAGUAAUUACAUUCUAGUACAAAGCGGAAGAACAAAUUAUAUAACUUAUUAAGGUGGGUUUGCGGUGCGGGUGCAUACACUUAAUCUCCAUAAUCAAUGACCGGCAUUAGCAUCUGUUUCCUUACUGUAGGGCUUAGGAAGUAUUUGUUUCUGUACAGGGCAUCUAGUUUUGGGUAAAGUUUUGAAGAGAUAUUUUCAAUGUGAAGGCAAAAAGAUAGAUUGGCGUUUAGCAACAUACCUAGAUAUUUAAAAGCGCAGACUGCUGUCAAUGUGCUAUUUGAAUUUGUUCUGAUACACAAUUGUUGAUUUUGUAGUUUACGUAAUUUAGGUACAGUUCCAAAGAUCAUUGUAACGGUUUUGUCAGUGUUUAGGCAGUUUGUUAUCCGCUAUCAACCUUUCUACCUGUAUGAAUUGGUUUUGGAGCACAGCCUCAAGCUGCGGUAGCUUGGGUUUACUAGCGUAGAUUACAGUGUUGUCUGCAUCCAUGUGUACAGUUGAGGAUUUGCAGAUCAUUUAUAAAUAAUGUGAAUAGCAGGGGAGUGAUUAUGGAGCCUUGGGGAACAUCACACGUGACUGGAAAAGGGAGGGAGCGCUAUCAGAAAUGGCCACAUAUUGCAAUCGGUCUGAAACAUACGAUCGAAACCAGGUUAGCGGACGAUCACCAAUGCCUGAGUUUUUAAGUUUUUUGCAAAAGAAUGCCAUGGUCUUCUGUGUCAAGAAAAAUAGCUCUAGUUAAGUCUCCUUGUUCCAUGCCAAUUUGGAUGUCAUGGCAAACUUUUAAGAGGGCAGUGGAAGUUGAGUGAUUUAGACAAAAGCCUGAUUGAUCAGGGGUCAGAUAAUUUGAUAGUUGAUAAUAUUCACAUAGUUGCGUGUGGACGCAUUUUCCCAAGAAUUUACAGGGAGCAAUGAUAUCGGGUGAUAGAUACCAAAGUAUUGUCACUACUUUUAUAGAUAGGUACAACUUUUGCAGUCUUCCGAAGUUUGGGUAUGUAUCCUGACACCAGGGAUUCAUUGAUAAGGGUAGUAACAGGUUUAGCAAUUGCUGGCGCACUGAGCUUCAGCAACGUUGCUGGGAUUUGAUCUGGUCCACACGAGUUUUUUACUUUUUUAAAUUAUUAAGAUGUUUAUUAACGACCCUAACAGGGGGUCUAAAAUUGAGUUACUCUUAAUGAGGAUUUUGAAGAUUUGGCAGGGCCUGAUCUUUAUUUGCAUUCUGAAAAUGAGUGUCAUUUGUUAUCUUGGCAACCAGAGUGGUAGCACAUCCAACAAAAUAUUAACCCUUUCCACUCGGAUAAAAUCUCAGUGUCGUUCACCAAAUUUGCCAAAUUUAUUUAUAGAAAUCACUUCGUGGGUGCGUUUAUUUUUUUUCAAGUCGCCUUUAUCCGAUAACGUGAGCCGUACAAUCGUCAAACUUGUAGGCUACUCCUAUGUGCCACCAGGUGAGACAUAUGAUCCGAAUGAGAAAAUUAAAAUGUCCCACCCUGUGGGACAGUCGAGGGGAAAGGAUUAAAGGAAUUUGCUACAUAUAGGGGGUGUUGCGGUGUUUGGUUGUCCAUUUUGACAGUGGAGAGUUGGGAGUGGAUUGUGGGGGUUUGUAUGCUAUUUAUGAUUUUCCAGAAGUUUCUUGGGUUUGAUAGGUUACAAUCCAGAAAUAAGGUGCACGCACCUUAUUUCUGGAUUGUAUACUUAGUGGUGUUUUGCGCUAUUUCUCACUUUAAGGUGCAGCUUCAUAAUUAAGAACAUUGCCUUGCUUGUUAAAGAAAAAUUUUGUUCACUAUCACUGUAAUUGCAUAGUGCCUUCCUUUUGCUUGUAUAUAAUUUUUUAUAUUGGGUUUGAUAGGUUGUUGUUCAAAUUUUCACUGAAAUAUUGGGCCUUUGACAUUUUUUUUUUAUUUUUGUGCAUGCAUUUCGCCAAUGUCUGUAAUUACAUUGAUCGUUAAUGGAGCCAGUACGCUUGAACUUUGACCACAGUGAAUCUAUAAACUAGUACAUUUGAAUGAGGUCAGCUUUAACCCAGGGCAGGUGUGUCCCUUUUAGUUGCACUUUAAGCAGAGGGGCAUGCAGAUUCCAAACAAGCAAGAGCUCAGACUGAAAAAAUGCAAUUUCAGAGUCUAGAUCUGGUAUUAGAAAAAAUCUGUGCCAUGGUAUGUUCUUGAGAUCAUUUCAAAAAGGAUUCAAGAUUACUGUGACGGACCGCUGGCACUCCGACUGAGUUCCUCCGCCAAUCGAUGCUCCUAGUGCUUGCUGAGGACUCCAAGCACUCCAACUGACACCAUCAGCACUGUAGACCCCACUUCCAGCGAUGCAGCUGCGCUGGGGUCUCGCUGUCUUCACCCACCCUGGACCCCAAGGCCAGGAUCCAGCUUCCAGUGGGUUAACCUCUCUUUCCCCAGAGAACAGGAACAAGUUCUUAGCAGAACUUAGUGAUCAUACCCUGGGGAGUAUAGUGAUUAUAGCAAUCCCCGGAGUGUAUUUCUCCAAUCCCCCAAACAUGAGCCAAUGCUUCAAGAAAGGUACAAGAUGAUAUGGUUUUAAUACCCACACACUGGCUUUUAUGCAAGUCCCCAUGCAAGGGGACAUCCCACAGGGUGGGACACAGUAUAACCAAUCACAGACAAUACAAACAAAACACUCCCACAGUGACAUCACAAUCCCUCCUCUCUAUCUUGGAGAUAAUUGGGAAGUAAUCAAAUUAUCUCCCAGGACAGAGGCAAGACUCCAUUAACCACAUGGUUACAAAAAGACAUAAAAUUACACAAUGUUACAAUUACUACAUAAAACAUAUACAUGCAACAUAUCCCCAGAUAGCUUAGAUCUGAGUGCACAUUAUUAUUGAAUGGCGCUCAGAUCACAUACAUACAAUUCAAUUGCCAUGGAGCCAAAGUCUUUUCCAUAGUCUUUCGUUCCAUGAAUUGGCUCCAUGGCAUAGCUAUCUGGUGUAGCACUACUCACAUACUGGAAGUCCCGAACAACCCGGCAGAAAUACCCAAAUAAACCUUAUUGCAGGGUAAAAUACAGCUAUUAGCACAGGGGCCAUAGUCGGAAGGCAGGAGGCUAGCCAGUAGUCCCCUCCAGGCACAAGUGGCGAAGGGCACUUCGUCACAAUUACAUUUUUUGAAAGACCUGGUGAUUAAAAUCUUGAGAGAGGAUUUAGUGGCCUUUAUUUUGCGUAUGCAGUACACUAGACAGUGGUCAUUGAAACUUUAGUUCUCUGUCUCUGUAGUUGGGUCCAGUCUGAUAUGAUGUAACUUCAUGGUAUGGCACAAAGUAACUGAAACUUGGAAUCUUUGGUUUUGGUUAAAAAAAGACGGUCAUGGUCCUUUAUAGACAAAUGCAUGGCAGGCAAUAUUUUGGUAGACACUACCAUAGAGAUCAGCAUCGAGAGAGGAUGCCCAAGUUAACAUUACUGUAGGUAAGUUGAGUGUCUAGAUAUUUUCUUAAGGAGAGCAACAUCUUCAUAUCUUUCUAGAUCAGUGGUGACCAAUGGCAGAUUCCAUAAUAUUAUUGAUUUCCAAUUUUAAGGUCUUUGUGUGAUUGUGACUGUGUAUGUUAUGGUUUGCUUCAUGGGAAGUAAAAUCAUCUCUGUAGUUGACAAUUAUGGAAAAAAUGGGUACGGUCCAAUUAUUAAAGUGGCAGUCUAAGCAUCGUAUAGUUUUUAUGGUGCCUGGAAUCCCAUGGCACCAUCAGACUUUUAAGAUUCAAUGGGUGUGACAGGCUUGACACUUACCUGGGUCCCCCAGGUGCAUGCGUGCAGUCUGGCUCUUCACAGUUCUAGCAAAAGCGAACUCUCCUCUUUUACAUUAGAAGUAUUGAUUUUUGUCCACGUAUGUAUAGAAUUCAUUGGCCGAGAGCAUAAGCUGUCACUCCUGAAAGAUGGAUGUGAUAUGGUGUAGUGGCUAUAGAGGAAGGUACUGAGGAAUGCCUUUUUUGUAGGUGAAUUUUCAGGUGUUGUUUCAUAUGCAUUUACAGUGUAGUUUGGCUGCUGGUGUAUUGCCAAAAUAUAUUUUCCACUGACUUCUAAAGUUCUUGAUCACUUGUUCCUGUAUUUGUUUCUUUCUUCCUUGCUCGCUCAGCAAUUCCUUUAUUUCGGAAGUAGUGUCCCUGGGAAGAUAAGGCUCCAGCAACCUGUAUCCAAUGGACAGGAAGUUGCUAAACAAAGCUGCAGUCUCUCAGGGAUGGUGUGGGGGUUAAUUCUUUCAGAGAUUCCUUUCUUUCUAGCAGAGUCUGCAUACCCAAGAAUGCUAUCCUUUGCUCUGACCCUUCCCUGAAACCCAUGUUUCAUAUUUAGUUACUGUGGAAAUAUUUGUUCAUAUUGAUGCAAUGCAUCUCUAUGAGGAGAUGCUGAUUGGCCAGGGCUGUGUUUGUAUUGUGCUGGCUCUGCCCCUAAUCUGCCUAAUUGACAGAUCCCAUGUUUUCCUAUAGAAAACAUUGUGAUUGGCUCAGAACAACACUUCUGUUGAUGUCAGUAGACAGCAGGUAGUUUAGGGGCAGAGGCAGCAGCUGCAGACUUGAAUACAAGUAAGAUUUUACUAUAUUUAGGGGAGCUAGAUGGUGGUUUUAACCCUAGGGUCAGGAAUACAUGUAGUGUUCCUUUAACAAAGCACCACUAAAAUAGAUUUUAAUCAGUUUAGUAGAUAUUGGGGAUUGGCAGAUUAUCAAUUUGGUUGAUAUUCGGCAUUUUGGGAAGUAUCGGUAUCGGCUUAAAUGAUACUGAUAUUUGCCGAUACCAGGGGGAGGGGACAGUCCGCCUUGGGUGCCCUUCACAUUGUGGAUGGUGCGGCUCGGACCCAGCACAUGCUCUCUUCUCUUUCUGACAGAUCCUCUCUCUAACUCUCGCUCAUCAAAUUGUUGCAGAGAGUUACUGCAGCAAUGCUCUGCGCUACAUACUAGGUUCGCAAGUGUUGGCAAGAGAGCGUGUGCUGUCACUGCCCACCCCCUCUACAAUAUGACUUGCAUUUAGGGCGAGCCACCCAAUUCACCCCCUCCUCCUUGGAGCGGACCUGCCAACUUUACAUCAAUAAAACAUUGCUACCCCUCACUGUACCACCUGGCGGCCAGCGCACACGCAACCACUGAUCCACCAGGGAGUGUAAUGGCCACAGGUAAAAGGUAGGGAGGGGAGAAGAAUACCGGUUAUCGGACAAAAGAAAACAUGCAUAGUGUGUUGUUUUUUUUUUGUUUUGUUUUUAAAGGUUUGAUUCUUAAAGCAACUAUGGUCCCCUCUCCCUCCCCCUCUUCACAAAAGAAUAACAAAAGAGAACGGUCUAUGAAGGGUUUCGAGGGAUCCAAUGUAGACAUCAGCAAGGGACAGAUACAGGCAAGUAUAAACUACCAUCCAAUGCACCCCUGGGCUAUCACACUGCAAGUAGAGCAGUCACCAUCUGAGGUCCUUGUAAAAUCUGCAAAUACCCCAGGAAGUGACAGCCGCUUUAACAGUAGAGCAGCACCAUGGGACUUCUGUCACCAUAACCACUACACAACGCCAGUUUUGGUGCUUAGAGUGCCUCAUUUACAAAGUAUCAUCUCUGAUUUUUAAAAUGCAACUUUCUCCUUGCAUACAAUGUGAGUCAUUUGGCGUACAGUACAUGAAGUUAUUAUCAGUCAUUUUAGGAUUGAAUCUGAGAACACCUGGUAAAUUAUCUAACUGCAAAAUCAAAAUAAUAACAACAACAAUGUCUUUACACAGGAAAGGUACAUUCAGAUUACUCUGGUUUUCAAGUACAUCCUGGGGAUGUUACCUUAGCCCAACAUCCAGGGGUUGUUACUAUUACUCAAUUUAAUGGUACUUAUGUUUUGCAUGUUCUCCUUACCUUUGCCAGGCAGUUUAAAGCUUCAUUAAAGUGUUUUGUAACUGUGUGCAGUGUUCCCCCUUACAGUAGAAGUGCAAAUGCACUGGUAGUUGAGUAUUACUUUCAGCCAAAGUACUUGAAAUUGUUCUUAGUGAAGAAUCGGUAAUGUAAACAUUUUAGAGCAUCUAAUCUGCAAGAGGAUAAAGGUUGUGUUGAGGUCAUUGUGGCUGUAUGUCAUUUAACAGCCACUGCUUUAAAAUAAAAUAAAGGAUUUCCUUCAUGAAGAAAUGAUCUGGUAUUUAUUAAAUACCAUAGUAAUAACUACAUCAAGGGGAUAUGCUGAUGUUAUCUCUGAAGCACACAAUAUUUCUCUAUUGUUCAUCAGGUAAUAGAAGCCUCAGCAAGCUAGAAAUAAGAUGUCAGUGAUAACAGUUUUAUUACUGAGAUUGACUGCAUUGUGAUUGAACAGGAAACAGUGGGGGCAGAAUGCUAUUGUGUUUUGUGUAUGCUGAGAUCCCUAAGUAAAAGUCCUGCUUUUUCCACAUUACUGAACAGAAUAGGAUACGUAGCAGGGAGGAGGUUUAUGUAAUGCUAAAGGUAUGAGGGGGAGAGGUUCAUUUUUUUUUUCCUUCCUCUUAGGAGCCAGUUUGUUUAAAGGAAUGUUAUGUUCCCCUUGAUAACCUCUGUUUUCAACCCACACUUUAUUAACUUUGUGUAUCAUGUAAUUCAAAAAUCAUUUUGAUUAAGACCAUAGAUCAGGGGUUCUCAUCCCAGUCCUCAAGGACCACCGAACUGUCCAGGAUUUAGGGAUUACCCUGCUGUGUCUAAUGUGUUUUUAGGGGGAUCUGCGGGGGAGGGGGAAGCAAUAGUGCCAGAAAAACAAGUUUGUUUUCCUGGCUCCUGUAAAAGACCUUUUCUAGGUUAAACACACUGGCUGUCUUCUUGACGACUACUAGAGGAGCUUCUUCUACGAAGGCUGAAUGAAACUGUUAUGUGACUAAAUGCAGCUCAGAGGAAAACCAAUAAAUUUAAUGUUUUUUUAUGAAAAGCAUUCGAUUGGAUGCAUGUGCUGUGCAUGCAUGGAGCAUCGGAUUUGACCAUCACCUAGAGAGCGAUGCUUGCUGAAAUAUUAGCAGCAGGAAGAGAAUCUUGUCGCUAAAGAAAAGUGUUAGUAACUCUAUUUUUAAUUUUAAUUCUUUAUCAAUUUUUAAUGGGGGGGUGGGGGGGUGGCGGCACACUCUAAUCUAACUGUGGUCUAGUGCACUAUAGCAUUGGGAAUACAGGUUUGUAUUUUAUGAUGCCAGGGAUCACAAUUCCAAGAGUUUUGUUUUUAGUUAUGUUGACUGUCAUUCCUUAUCUGAUACCUGUGCGACACAAGCAGAUUGAGCAGCACGUUAUACAAAUUAGUUAAUUAUAUAGCGCCAACAUAUUCCGCAGUGCUGUACAAUAUUUAAAUACAAACAAUUUCAACAAAGCAUGUUUGAUAUACAGGAACAGUAGGUGAAGAGGGCCCUGCCCAAAUUAGUUUACAGUCAGUUUAUUUUUGUAGUCCUUUAAACCUGCUGCUAUUUGUGCAUUUAUCCAUAGCAGGAAUCCCCUUUAAAUAGUAUUCCUCAUAAAUAGCAGCUGGCUCAGCUCAUGCCUUAUAUGGAAAUAUGUAGUUUAUCCUCAACGUUGCAUUCUUUUGGAAGAAUCAUGGAAAAUCUGAAAAUAGCCAGUUAUCACUAAGGGGUAUAAAAUAAUCUACAUGUGGGAUAGUCUGUUGUUUACAGGGGGAGAUUCCCCUCAUUAAUGAAGUAGAGUUCCUUAGCGUGAACACUGCAUUCCUGGCACUGUUCUGGUCCUGCCUGAAAGUUAAUACAAAGUAAUCUUACUUAUGGUUGAGUAGAGAUUUUUGGAAUGUGUUUGUUAGGGUGGUUGUUUGUGUAUGGUGCAGGAUGGUAGUGACCUACAUGACUGACACAAUUUAACAAUAAGUCAGCUUUGAUCGAACGGUUAGUAUUGACAUUCCAUAUAAACUACAUGGCACGUUUGUGUCAUUGUUCCCUGUAGGGAUUAGUUUCAAGAACACAUAAAUAUACAAAACUUUCAGUGACAGACUUAUCCAAAGGUCAGGAAAAAUGAUCAUCCAGUAUUAAAAAUAACUGAGGCAUGUGAAGAACAGCUCCCUUGUGUAUACAAAAUGCACGGUUAUAAGGGGUUAGAAAUCUAUCCAUCCAAAGUGACAAGAUGUACGUUCUACAUUAAUGAUAGUCUGUUCCAAAGGCAGAUUGUUGGUUUAUGAAGGUGCUUUUUUGAUCUGAGACUGCUUGGAUAUGUCAUACUGGGAAUUUAAUGCAAAAUUAUUUUAUAUUUUGUCUGUGUAUGUGUUUAUACCUCACACCUUAAAUGAUCAACUUAAAUAUCAGGGAGUAAAUAUAUGGGAGUUUUAAUAUAUAUUCACUUACUUUAUUUAUUUUUUAUCAAGUAACAAAACGCAAACUUAACAUUUCUGUUUUGAACUUUUUUUUUACUUUAACCCAUUUUGUAAUCACUUUUGCACAUUAGUGUGCAUGUAUGUUUGUUUGUCAGGGUUAUUCACUAAAGUGUGAGUUCAAACUCAAUUUCCAAUUUGUUUAAUGCAGCCAAACAAUAAAAAUUCUCUAUCAGCAUAGCUUUCAGUUUGGUUACUCUGACCUGAAAUCUGAAAUUCACCUUGAAUUCUCACAUCACUAAAUAAGUGUGUGUAUGUAUUAUGUUCAGCAAAUAAUAAAAUAUAUACAAGCAAAGGAAUGGCCUUUAAAGGACUUUUAGCAAAAAUAAUAUAAAUACAGUAAACCACUAAAUUUAUUAGGUUGAUGAUUCAAUUAAAAACCCAUACUGCCCUAGAACCCCAGACGUGAACACCACCUGCUGUGAAGAAACCUUUGUUUUACAGUGUUGGCCUGAGGUGAUACUAAAAGAAAAGAUAAAAUAAUCAAACAAUGUUUGCAAUUAGCCUGAAAGGUUGCUGACAAUUCUGCUAUAAUAGGUGAUCUGAGCAGUGGUUCUAGAGCAGGGGUAGGCAACCUUUUAGCAGCACUGUGCCGAUAUAGGAUUGUGAUGUCCCGUAGUGUGCCGGUCCUAUUUUUUUUUUAAAUGGAGGUGUGUAUGCUGCCUUAUUCUGCUUGUAUUAUUUUUACUGUAAUUGCUUUGUAUCGUUGUAUGUGUGCGUAUAUGAGCUAUUAUAUUGUAUAUGGUCAGGAGUAGUUUGUGGUAUCGUGUAUGAUACAUAUGAAUGUGGGCUGUGUAUGGGGACUGCUUGUGGAAUUGUGUGUGGGUGAAUAUGUCACAUUGUGUGUUUGGUAGUGUGUGGGGGCUGUUUGGGGUAUUGCAUGUGAGAGGCUGCAUGUUGGUUUGUGUGCAUGUAUGUGGAUUGUUACUGGUGUUGCGUUUGUGCGGAUUGUGUGUAUGUUUGUGUGUGGGCUGUCCGUAUUAUUUGUAUGAGGGAAGGGUUAUUCUGCAUUUCUGUGUAUAUCUAGCAGUGUGGGUGGCUUCCCUGGGUUCCAUUGGGGACCAGGCCAGCCAAGUACAGGUCAAGGACAGGAGCUGCAACAGCAACUGCGAGCUGCUCUACUACUGUGUGGAUUCCCAUUCACAAGUGCUAGAAUGAAGUGCUCUGAGAUCACUUCCUCUAUGUGCUGCAAUGCAUAAAUUGAGGAUUGUCCUUCAUCACCUCUUCGUAUUAGCAGAUAUCUGAAGUUUGACUGGGACUCUUGAUAGGACAGAUCCUGUUUGGCUCUAGCAGCCUCGAGUGCCGUGCAAAGACACCUCGAGUGCCGUGCAUGGCACCAGUGCCGUAGGUUGCCUACCCCUGUUCUAGAGCAUAGUUUUGUGUUUGUUUCUGAAUCAGAAUCAUGUUUGUUUAUUUGUGCUUGCUAAAACUUUAGAUGUUCUGAAGAAAAUUGAUUGUAUACACAGAAAUGGCAAACAAUUCUAGUAUUUUAUUUUUUGCUAAAGCCUUUUGAGUGCUGUUUCUUCACAUGCGUGUUUGUGUAUGUGUGUGCAUCUCUCUAUAUAUAGCUAACCAUCUAUCUAUAUCGAUCUCCAUGUCCUGCACUCCGGAAGCCAAAUAAUUUCAAUGCCCCGUCCUUAUCAGCAAAAAUAACAAAAAGGACAGCACUUUCAGUUAUAUAUGCAAAACUUUUAAAUAUUAGAAAAACAAUGUAUAAACUUAUACCUUGGACACACGCCAAACACCCCCCCCCCUGUGUUUGGCGUGUGCCCAAAAAUGGACUUCUGUGUGCCUGCCUGAGCGGCGGCGUGCGUUCCAGCUUGUAGCCAUAGCAACUAACAGGCUGGAAUAUGGUAAAAAUAUUAGAGGUUCGAUUGUCUAGAGAAAAGAGUCUUGUGUCCAGAAUAUGUUAAAACAAAAAAAGCACUAGAGCUAGACGAUGCAACCAAAUGGAUAUAUAAUUUGUAACAAUGCACUGUUACCAAUGCAAAAGAGGCUAUCUCUAGAAUAUUCACUAUGUAGUAAAAUGUAUUUAUAUAGUAGUACUUACUACUGACAUCCCAAGCCAAUGCAAGCAUGUAUCUGAAUAUGAACAAGCCCCAUUAAUGUUCAAGACAAUUACUCAAUGCUGCUAUUAAAGGAUUACUAUAGGCACCCACACCACUUCAGCUUCGUGGAGUGGUCUGGGUGCCAGGUCCCAGGAGUUUUAACCCUGCAGCUGAAAACAUAGCAGUUUCAGAGAAACUGCUAUGUUUCACUGAGGGUUAAUCCAGCCUCUAGUGGCUGUCUCACUGACAGCCGCUAGAGGCACUUGCGCGAUUCUCAUUGAAAAUCACAGUGAGAAGACGCUGGAUAUCCAUAGGAAAGCAUUGAGUAAUGCUUUCCUAUGGGCGAUUUGAAUGCGCGCAGGGGGUGGAAAGUUCCCCAGCACAGAGGGAGCCCGACGCUGGACAAAGGUGACUGAACGGGGGUCCUGAGGGUGUGGGGGGGACCUAAUGACCCUAUAGUGCCAGGAAAACGAGUUUUUGACUUUUUUCUGACCUCCAGAACGGAUUAAUUGGUUUUCAAUGCAUUCAGGGCCAGCGUGUCCUAGAGGCCGAUUAGGCGGCCACCUAGGGAGCUUUUUAUGGGGGGCGCCGGGUCAAAAUGUGUGCCGCAUUUCAUAGUACCGGGUGCUAGGGUGCACUUGCAUAGCUGCAAACUAGUGCCCGGUGCCAUCAACCUAAGCCCACAAAGAUCAGAGAGCCACCUGCCCCCCUCCCCCCAACACACCUCUCACCGCACGGGCGCAUCUUGUGAUCGUUCCCACCCCUUCUCUUGUACUCUGGGUCAAGUGGGCGGGAGGAUAGAGAGAGGCGGAGCCGAGAGGGAGUCAAGGAAGCCAGAAGCAAGCUAAAAUUAAAUGAGGGCAAGAGGGGGACUUAAUAGUGUGUGUAUUUUUUAAACAAUGUGUAUGUAUGUCUGGAUUAGUGUGUGUGUGUCUUCUUGGGUCAAUACUUUUGAAAGAACACUAUAGUGUUAAGAAUAUAAACCUGUAUUCCAAACACUAUAGUGUCUCUACAUAAAUUUAAGCCCCCCACAACGCUGACCUACUGUAUGGUUAUCUAUGUUAUGCUUUCUCUUGUGCCAAUAUGUGCUGUUGGGGACACUGCACGCGGGCUAAUGUUAUAAGUCCCUGCACGACAACAACAAUUGAGGCAGACCUGCGAGUCCCGCACUUCACUGUGAUAUGCGAAUCUCUUUAGAAAGUUAAUGAAUGGACUCUCCUUUCUAAAUAAAAAGAUAUUAAACAAAAAAAAUGUAAGCCUCCCCCUCCCCCCGCACUGAUUGCCUUCAUACGUCGCUCAAUGUCACUGAUGGGGCAACGCUUUGUGCCAGAUGUUGGUCCUACUAGUUAAUGGAGGUACAUGGUUAUAAAAGAAAAAAACAGUGUAAUGUACACUAUUAUAGUGGAGAGUCAUACUAAAAGCUUUCAAAGAAGGCUAUUAAGUUGACAAUAGUGCCGAUGUUUAGUUAAAGGUCUUUGUGGUCUGCAAGAUUUUCUAUAUAUGUAAUAUAAAACGUGUUGGACAAUAAUGGCUACAAUGCUGUGCCGAUCAAAUUAUUUUGUUGCAGCAACCAUAUAUUAGAAUAUACUCUCUGCUUCCUAGCAACCAACAUUAGAUUGCAAGCAUACAGGUUUGUGCAUCAAAUGUUACCUUCGGAACAAGGAAGAGCUAAACAUGUUAAAGCAAUUGAAUGGCAUUGUUAGUGGCAUGUCAAAAGAAAAGAAAAGAGUAACAGACCUGGACCUCCACCGCUUUUUAAUUCAUCAUCAAAGAUUGAGCCUCAAUCAAGCGCAACAAGUUGAAGUGCAGCUCCCUUUUGCUAUACUCCUAUUAACCCAGCAGGUGUCGCCUUCCUGCCAGCUGCAUGUGGCACGUAAGCUUGCAAUAUGUAGACUCCCAAUACGACGAAUCAAGUUUUUCCUAUUUGUCACAUGUGUAAUACUUAUUCAUUCAAUGUAUACAGUUCUUUAAUUCCCGCAUUUGAGUAUGCCCCUCUUCAUGUUUGCCUAAACCUGUUUAUGGUGUAUUAUUAGAAUUGUACAAUUCUGCAGAAUAUGUUGGUGGUUAAUUAUAAUAUAGUGUCCACAUAACCAUAUUGUUGUUUUUCAGGUUAUGACUUUGCAGCAGUUCUGGAGUGGUUUGCUGAGCGGGUAGAUCGUAUUAUUCUACUCUUUGAUGCACACAAGUUGGACAUUUCUGAUGAAUUUUCCGAUGUCAUCAAAGCACUGAAGAAUCAUGAAGACAAAAUUCGUGUGGUACUCAACAAAGCAGACCAGAUUGAGACCCAGCAACUAAUGAGGGUCUAUGGGGCCCUUAUGUGGUCUCUUGGCAAGAUUAUUAACACACCUGAAGUGGUUCGGGUAUACAUUGGUUCAUUUUGGUCACACCCUCUGCUUAUCCCUGACAAUCGCAAACUGUUUGAAGCAGAGGAGCAGGACCUAUUCAAGGAUAUCCAGUCACUACCCAGAAAUGCUGCUGUACGCAAGCUGAAUGACCUCAUAAAGAGAGCUAGAUUAGCCAAGGUAAAAUUACUUCAUAUAUUUAUUUUCUAUUAUAUAGAAUUCUGUUGCAUAUAGUUUAUAAACAUCAUAAUUCACAUCAUCAGAUGUGCUUGCACUACCAAAACCCAUUCCCUCUUAACCUUUAGUGUUCAUUUAGUGGACUUUGUUUUGCAUGAAAAACAGACAAAAGGUGACUCUCCUUAGCCUCCAUUCCAUGUGUUCAUUUAAAGGGACAGUCUAGUCACCUAGACUACUUCAUCUCAGAGUUGAGCAGCACCAAGGAAACCAUAAUGCUGGUAAAAGGUCUCAUUAUAUGGGUGCCUCAGUUUUUGUUCUCUUCUGUCCAUGCUAUCUGUAGCUUGCCCAUCUGUGAGAUGCUUUUGCCUUAUAGAUUGUGGAUACAUUAUCUUGGCCACUGAAACGGAACCUUUCCAAACUCUGCCCAUUGCAUAAUGUUUCCAAAGAUCACAAUCUACAAAAAAAAAUAAAAAAAAAUAGCCUGAUGCUAGAGAGUCAGAUAGCUAUGGUAUGUCGAGAAAUAUAUAUCUCCACAUCUCCCAUAUGCCAACUUCUCCUUAAGAUUACACUUAGCAGUAAAAAAUAUUUUCACAUAUGUACUGGUGGAUUUUUAAUUAUUGCAAGUGAUGUAAGUAUGCACUUUCAUUUUAAUAAAGUAACAAAUAUAUAAUGACAAUAUAUAUUGACACCCAUAAAGCACUUCAGCUUGAUUUUUGUAAGAACUGCAGCUUUUGCAAGGUAUUUUAAGAUACCGGUAUACCCCAUGAAAAAUGCAUGCAUGUAUGUAUUCAUUGAGGGUAUAUAUUCUAAACAGUGAUUUUUAUUUUCUUCAUAAUUUUGUCUGUGAAGUGGUCCUUAAUGUUCUCUUGUCAUAUGCCAACAUCUAUACCAACCUCUAUAUCAAUUGUCACCCUUUAAGGUCCAUGCCUAUAUCAUAAGUGCUUUAAAAAAAGAAAUGCCAAAUGUAUUUGGAAAGGAUAACAAGAAGAAAGAACUAAUUACCAAUCUGGGAGAAAUCUACCUGAAGAUUGAGAAAGAGCAUCAAAUCUCCCCUGGAGACUUCCCCAGCAUCAAGAAAAUGCAGGUAUGCAAGGCAUACACACUACUGUAAAGUUCUGCUAUUAAAACACAUUAUUACAUGCAAUUAUCCACUUCUAGCCAGUAUGGCAGUGACUACUGCCAUCUACAGUUAAGAUAUUCCCUCCUAGUUAAUGUAAUGGAUCAAAUGUUUUUUUUAUGUUUUUGGAGGAUCUUCACUUCACCCAAAAGUGAAUUUGUUUAAAAAUAAUUUUUGGUGCGGUGAAGAACCUUAAAGAUUUUAUAAUGCACUAUUUGUGUAUGUUUGUGUACAUGUACAUGGUUUCUAGUCGUGAAACCUUUUGGAUCACAACUUUGUGAACUCAGUGCCUUAUUUUUUAAAACUGUGCUCCAUCGUUGAGAGUGCUGACAUAAAUGUACACUGAAACGUGAUGCCUGUUUGAUGCCUGUUUCAUUUAUUUGCAGAUUUUAGAAACAUAAUUUCUAGGGAUUUUAUAUUUUGAGGAUUUUAGAAACAUAAGUUCUAGGGAUUGUUUUGCUCAAGCAGACUUGUUCUAGUGUCCUACUAUGUAGGUGAUGCACAACAAUAAAUUGUGAAUUUGCAUAAACCAGUGGGGUUUUUACCAUGUUUGAACUUGCAGUUCUAUGAACUGCUAAAAUACUUUUAGCUAUCUAGCCAUUCACAUAAAUUAUAAAAAAUCUCAGUAAAAUCACUUUAGCAGCACAUCUGGUCUUAGUCACAGGAUAGCUGAAAAACGCUUUUUUCCCAAAUACAAGACAUAAUUGGUUAAAUUGGCAGUAAACCUCUACAUCUGUUUUAACCUAUUUAAUAUAUGAAAUGACUGGAUUUUCUCACUACCCUCUUAGCCUUUGUUUCUAUCGAUAAUAAAUAAAGAAUUAAGAAAGGGGAAACUUAUAAAAAUAUAUAUAAUAUUUUUUUUGUGUUUUAGUAUAACAACAACCAGUGGGAGUGGGUUAUUCAGCAUGUCUUUAUUCAUGUGCUAAAAAAGUCAAUUUCACCCCCUUAUUUUUGCCAAUUUGGGUGUUUCAGUAUUAGGAAGAUACAAAAUAGUUAAGCCUGUUACUUUUUAUAUAUUUCAAAAUUGAUUAUACAGUUUUUAUACACAUUAAAUUUAUUAUGUCCCUUAUUUGUAGGAGAUACUGAUGACUCAGGACUUUUCCAAGUUCCAGAGCCUAAAGCCAAAACUUCUGGACACAAUAGAUGACAUGUUAGCAAAUGACAUUGCUCGACUAAUGGUGUUGGUGCGGCAAGAAGAGUCUCAGAUGACCCACCAAGAUGUCAAAGGAGGUGCAUUUGAGGGUACUAUGAAUGGGCCCUUUGGUCACGGCUAUGGUGAAGGAGCUGGAGAGGGCAUUGAUGACAUUGAAUGGGUGGUGGCAAAGGACAAGCCAACAUAUGAUGAAAUAUUUUAUACAUUGUCACCAGUCAAUGGCAAGAUCACAGGUGCCAGUGCCAAGAAAGAGAUGGUGAAAUCUAAACUUCCCAACACAGUGCUGGGCAAGAUCUGGAAACUGGCAGAUGUUGACCAUGAUGGGCUGCUUGACGAUGAAGAGUUUGCACUGGCAAAUCAUCUAAUUAGAGUAAAAUUAGAAGGUCAUGAGCUCCCAGCAGACCUCCCAUCUCAUCUUAUACCUCCAUCGAAAAGGAGGAAUGAGUAAAGUGGCAUGAUCUAUUUUUCUUCCGCAGUCUUCCACUUUGCUUUUCUUGGUUGAAACAAUUAAACAUUUGCCAUGAAAAAACUCAGACAUAAGAAAAAGUGAGAAAAAAAAUAUGUAUAGCUAUAUUCCUAUAACACAGCUUUAAAUAAAAAGCAGGACUGUUUAAAAGUUAUGAAAAGACAUUUUUUUAGUUCAGAAUGACAUGAUUUGGGGAGGGUCUUUGAUGCACACUUUCUUUAAACUGGGGUGGGGAGCAGAAUAUUCAUAAUAUCCAUCACAUCUUAUUACUUCCAUUGUGUACUCUGUGGAGGCCCAGUUGUAACUUCUCUUCUGCUGAAUGGUUACCCUGUUUGUUAAUUAGUCAGUCUUAACUUUCUUAAUCUGUUCCCAUUCCUCCAUUUUACUUUUUUUUUCCAGCAGGUUUUCCUGCUAAUGUACACGUAUAAUACCAGCAACAUGUCAAGUGAUUCUUUUAAGAGCUCUGUGCUUAAUGAUUUUAUAGCAUUUACAGCCAUCUGUAAUGUUUUGCCACAUUUUUCAGUAUUAGGAAUGCUUAGUCUUUCAAUUUUUUUAAAGAUCACAAUAGAGCAGCAUGUGGUUUUGUUCUGGGUUUAUUUUGUAGAAGUUAUUUUAAUUGGGGGGGGAGGUUCCUCCUUUAUUUUGAGCCAAUACAUUUUGAACAAUAUCUGCAGUUUGCAUUACAUACCCUUUUCUUUGCAUAAGUGGAAUAAAUUAUUAUUAUUAUUAUUAUUACACAUUAACAGUAUUUUCAAGGUGUAUGUUAAAAAGUAUUUGCACCAGACUGUGCCUAUCCCUACACAUGUGAUUCAAAUUUUCAUCACUACUCUGUUGAUAUGUAAUUUAAUGCACCCUAGCCGUUAAUAAGACAUUUGAGUUUUUAAAGCUUUUAUAAACUCUUUAUUCGUAACGUUGGAUCUCCCGCUUUGGUUGUGUGCUUGGAUCAGUGUUUGUCAACAGACGGCCAUUUCUCAAUAUUCAAGCAAGUUGUUGGUCUAACCCUCUGGGUGUUAGAUGGGGUUAUGGCUUUUUUUGUGCAUUUUCCAGUUGUAUACAAGGGGUUUAUUGACAUUAUUGGCUCUGUAAAAGUUAGCAAUAAUGGUUCUACACAUGCCAUGUGCCUUGUUGCCCCUUAGUAUUCUUAUAUGAAAUUCCUUUACUUCCUGAAACUAGAAGUGUUUUAAACCAUUUUAUAUAUUUGUUUUUGUUUUAUUAAAUAGAUCUUAGCUUUAUUUUGGGAGCAAGACAUUCAGUAACAUGUACUAAUUCUUGAGUUGUGGAUGAAUAGACUUCAGCUCUACAUUGCAUACCGGAGCUCCUGGAGUAAAGUAGAAACCUUAAAAUAUAGUUUCUCUUUCCAUUUUUACAUAGCUAGACCUCUUAAUCGGUAAUAUUUGAAUAUUAUUUUACUACAAUCCUGUAGCAGUAGUGUACUGGAAAAAAAACACAUAGGCUUCUUCAGCGCAUAUGUUUUUGUCAUAGCAAUAUGCCCAGCAUUACUGAAUUAUGAGACGAAAAACAAAUAUACUGAGAGUGAAUGGGAGCAAUAUGGAUCUUCCCCUCUUGGUGGAAAUCACAACCACUAUACCACUCUUACAUAUGAUUUUUUUAUGAAGAUGGUGGUGGUGGAUGGGGGGAUUGGUAGAAUUUUGUUAUAAACAAAACAAAUAUUUUUUUUGUGCUGCACAUGGCAAUAGGGCUAUUUUUUUAUUAUUUUUUUUUAACACUCUGUCCUUUAAAAAAAGAUAUGUAUACAUGUACUUAAAGAUCAAGUGUUACAGUGUAAGACCGAAAAACUCAAUCACAAAUGCAUGGAAUUUAGAAAACCGUUCGGUCAUGAAGGAGUUAUGGAAAAAUCAAAGCCAAAUUAUAACUAUUUAUGUUGUUUUAUUUUUUUGUUAAAAUACUCAGUCAUACUUGAUUAAAAGGCUUUGGUUAAGAAUACUAAAAUAAAGUGAACAAACUGGUGCUCCUUGUGAUACAUUGUGUGAAAAGUGAAAUUAAAGACUUGACACUCACUGGCUUGACACGCACUGACACACUCACUGGUUUGACACACACCCUCACUGGAUUGACACACUUGCUCACUAACACACAUGCAUACUGAUUUGACACAAGACACUUGAAAGGUAGUUCCUUGUUUUUUUUGUUUUUUUUUAUAAAAAAUUGGCCACAAUCAAGGAAUAAUGGUUUAACAAUAACACUGUCAGGUGGGAUAGCCAUUCAGAAGCCACUCUCCACCAAUCACUGCCUGCCAAACUAUGUUGCGCUCAGGUACCGCUCUCCAAAAAUACUGAAAUAGAAAGUAGCCUAAGAGGACAGGGGUGACUAGAUUGCGGGGAGG